AUGAUAUUACCUCGGACUACAGCUCUUGCUCCAGACAAUUUAUGUAGCACUAUCAAUGUCAUCGUUCGAAAAGAUGAUGUCAAUAAACCACUAACUCUUACACAUUUAAUUCGAUUAUUCAAAUAUCAGAGUUGUUCUGGUAAAGAAAUAAAUUCCUUAAUAAAUCUAUUAUUGGAAUGUGUUAAAUUUUCUGAACCAAAUACUAUCAAUAUGAAACAAUAUUUAUGUGUAAAAGAUUAUUUUGUACCAUUAUGGAAAUUGUAUUUUGAUCCGUUAACAAUCGAAUCAGCUAACUGUACAGAUAAGAAGGUGGAAAAGGAUGCAAUUGGUAGAAAAUCAUUUUCAUGCUCAAAAACAAUAUCAAUCACAUGGAGUGAUCACAGACAAGAUUUAUGUCGCGAUGGUAAUGUUAAUCCACGUGAAAGAUCUGAUCCACUUGUACACAUGGCAUUGGAAGCUUGUGCAACUAAAGAACAACUUUUGGAAUUAUUAUCAUUGAUUCAAUUGAGUAUGGUUGAUAUAGCUUAUGCCUAUACAGCAUGGUUAAAAUUAUACAAGGAGUUAAAAAAUUUAUCUUUGUUUGACGGUGAAAUUAAUAAUUUAAUGUUUAAUCAUUUGAAUGAUAUUGAUGCAUCACAACCGAAAUUAUUAAUCGAUUUUAUUUAUGAUAUAUUUGAUAUAUGGACAGAUUUAUCUGAAGAUAUCAUUGAAUCCGUUUCUGGACAUAUUACUGAAAUUGUUAAAAAAGUUCUAGCAAACACCACACGUUCCAAUGAAAACCAAGCAUUAUUGGAACAAUUAUUUGAUAAAAUAUGUAUGAAUACACCAUCACACAAUCCUACAGGUCAUAUCAAUUAUUAUUUAUUAUUGAAAGAUAUAGUACCAUCCUAUUAUAAAUCGAAUAUCAUAUCAAGUUUGAAGAAAAUGCAAUUGCAUACAGUAUUAUGGUAUGCCGACUGGAUAAAUUCUCAAUCAUUAUCGAUGUCAAUACACAGAUUAGCAUUGACAACAAUUUUAGAAUAUAUAAGUAUGUUUACAGAACAUAAUUUAAUUCAGCAUAUUAUUGAACGAUGCGUACAACAUCGAGACGAAGAUGAACAAACACAAGAAUAUUGGUUACAAUUAAUAAAACAAUCAAUUUGUCCAACAAGUACACUUAAUACAUAUUUACAUCAUUUAACAAAUGAAAAGGUUCAAGAAUUAUUAUUAUGUAUGAAAAUAAAUGAUAACAUAAUUAGUAAUCAUAUGCAAGCAAUAUUAAUUUUGAGUGAAUCUAUAUUGAAAGAUACACAAGUACAAAAAUAUCUUAUUUUAUCCGAUUUCUAUUUGAUUAUACAACAUUGGUUAUCAUUAAUUGAAACUACAAAUACGAAUGCCAUUCAACGAUUAAUACAAAUGUUAUUAGAAAUUGGUUAUCCUAAAUAUGCUGAAUAUAACCAAAAUAUUGCAAAUUUUCUCAAUAAUGCUUUCAUUUCAAAAUUAUUCACAAUUGAUUUUGGAUCAAAUAGUCCAUUUGCACAAAUUCUUUUAUUUUUAUCAUGGAAUUCAUCGGAUACUUCGACAACAACGGAAGCAAUGUUCGACAGUCGACCAUUAGUUGUUGAACUAUUCAACAAGUUAGAUGAAAAUUUAUCAACGCAUGAUAACAUCGAAUGUUCACCUUCAUCAGUAUCUACGCUACGAAGUUGUAUAUUGCAUCUAACCAGUAUUUCAAAACAAAUCACUAAAUCACCAGAACAAUAUCAGACACUUGUUAAAUUAUUAACACCAUUUACACCAGAUAUUAUGGGAAUAAUUGGACGUUCAGGUGAUUUGAAAGUAAUAGGUAUUCAUCUGUUAUCCGAAAUACUUGAUUUAACACAAAGUGAACGAGAAGUACUAGCUCUCAAUACACAACGUACAUCUGCUGAUAUGUCAAAUCAAAUAAUAUUACAACAAACAAAUAAUAAAUCCCAACAACAACAACAGCAAACAUUUUUUUCAACUGAGAUUGAAAAUAAAGUCGAAUUGAUACAAGUGAAAAAUCAUGAUUUUAUUAAAGCCGAUCAAUUUUUAACCAAUUUGAAAAAUGUCGAUGUCAAUGAAGCAGAUAAAAUUGUACGAACAUAUUUACCAUCAAUAAUAAAUUCUUCCAAUCAAUCAUCAGCGACAACAGACACGAAUCCAAAUCGACUUGUUCCAACACCGACAGCAGAUGAAAAUAUUAAAAAAGUAUUAGAAGCAUUGCAUGAUCCAAUUCCGAUUUUAUUAGAAGGAAGUACCGGUGUAGGAAAAAGUGCUAGUAUUAUUGAAGCUGCUUAUCAAGCACAACGACAAUUAGUACGUUUCAAUAUGUCAUCACGUGUAACAAUUGAUGAUCUUCUUGGUAAAGUAACAUUAGUCUAUGAUGCAAAUAUUCAUAAAACUGUAUUUAAAUUUAUAAAUGGUCCAUUUACUGUAGCUUUUGCACAAGGUUAUUGGAUGUUAUUCGAUGAAUUAAAUUUAGCUCAAGAUACUGUUUUACAAGCAAUCGAAUCAGUACUUGAUACAAAAAACUUAACAAUUAGAAAUACAAGUUCAUCAAGUGAACCGAUUAUUAUACAUCGAAUGGAUAAAAAUUUUCGUUUAUUUGCAACACAAAAUCCAAACUCAGGAUUUUUUAAAGGAAAACGUGAAAAAUUAUCAUCGUCAUUCUUAAGUAGAUUUCGUCCAUUAAUAUUUAACGAAUUACCUAAACAGGAAUGGGUUGAAAUUGUUAAAAAUAAACUACUUCCAUAUUUUCCGUAUCAAGCCGAAGGAUUAUCACAACUUAUGGUAUCACGAUUCAAUGAAUGUGUUAAAGGAGAACUAAACAGAACUGACCCAAAAUUCGAAGAAAUUGGUCCUUAUGCUGAAAUAACUAUUCGGGAAUUAUUGAAAUGGAUUCGAUUAGUAAUAUGGCAAAAAGAACAUAAUCAAUGGCCAAAUGAAAAUAUACAGCAACUUCCUGUGUUAAGUUUUAGUGCAUGGUGUGUUUAUGGUGCUCGAUAUCGAAAAGUCGGUCGACAAUUAAUUAAAAAGAUUUUAACUGAUCCAAGAAAAUGUGAUUGGCCAGAACCAGCUCUGGAUAAUGUGAAAAUAAAAAUUGAUCAAAACAAAAAUCAAAUUUAUUUUGACGAUAUAAGUUGUACAAUAAAAAUCGAUGAACAAUCAAUAAAUAUUGAGAAAGAAUGGAAUCGAACGUUUAAAUUAGCUGGUUUAGAUGAUAUUGAUUAUGAACCCAAUGUAUGGAAACGAGUAUUAGCAGUUCAUAUUGCUAUUCAUAAACAAUUAUUGACUACUGAAUUUAUUCAACAACAUGGGAUCUAUCGCAUACAACGAUCAUGGUUAUGGGAAUGGCUGAUAGCAGCAGCUAAACUUAAAAUAUUAACAGAUCGUACAAAAUUAGGUGAACUUGGUUGUACAAUGUAUCAAUGUCGUUUUCGUCAUAAAAAAGCACAACAAAUGGUAGAAAAUUAUUUCAAUGAUAUAUUUCAAACACCAUCAUUUAGUUCGGAACCAAAACAACAAUUGUGUAAAGCUGAACUACCUUAUGUUCUUUCUGAUCGUGUCUUAAGUACAUUGAAACAAGUUUGUUUUAAUAUGUAUAUCAAACAACCAAUACUUGUUACUGGUGAUGAAGCAUGUGGAAAAUCAGAUUUACUUUUAACUCUCUCAUGGUUUUAUUCAAAACAUGUUCAUCAAUUAAAUAUUACACCAGAAACCGAACCAUCGGCAUUAAUUGGUCAAAUAAUUCCAAAUGAAGUUACUGAUCCUGAUGAUCCAAAAUAUGGAGAAAAAUUAAUUUGGCAAAAUGGCUGUGUAGCCGAAGCUUAUACAAGUGGUGAUUGGGUUUUAUUGGACAAUUUAGGUACAGCAGAAUCAUCUGUUUUAGAACGAUUAAAUCCUGUCCUCGAACAAGAACCAAUGUUGAUCUUAACAGAAAAAGGUGAAGUUAAUGAAGAAAUAAUGCAUGAUGAAUAUCAAUUAUUAGCGACUAUGACACCACCGGAUCCUCAACAAUCAGCAAAUUUAAGUGGUGGAUCAAAUGAAUUAUCACCAGCACUUUAUAAUCGUUUUGGUGUUAUACAUAUGGAAAAUCUUUCAUUAGAAAAAAAUUAUGAACAAGAAAUUUUACAAUUAUCAAAAGCAGUUUUAUCAGAUAAUAAUGAUGUUAAUCAUCAACUUUUAUUAAAAAUUUGGCAAGAAAUUUUGUUAAUUUGUAUGAAAAAUAAAGAAUACUUUCCAAAAUUAACAUUAAGAAAUAUUGUACGAUUAUUGGAUAGUACAUAUUUAUUACAACAAAAGACUAAACUUGAUUUUCGAUCAAGCUUAUGGACUGCUUAUCAUGUUACAAUUGCAAAUCAAAUAAAGGAUAAAACAAUUGAAAACGAAUUAUCAACAAAAAUUCAACAACUAUUAUCAAAAGACCAAAAUAUAACUUUAAAUCAACCAGAUUUUACUGAAAUUUCAAUUGAACAAAAUAAUGAAUAUGUUCUAACAAAAUCAAGAAAAGAAUAUGCAAAUGGUAUACUUGGUGCUACUGCUUGUGGUAUUCCAUUACUUUUAGAAGGACCAGCUGCAGUUGGUAAAACUGCAUUAAUCUCCUAUCUUCGUAAAAAUUUAAAAAAAGAUCAUAGAGACAAUUCUAAACUCGAACGUGUAAAUAAUACUGAUACAACAACUAUACAAGAUUAUCCUGGAGCAUUUUUGCCUGUUAAUGAUGGAUUUAUAUUUCAACCAGGUGCAUUAUAUCGUGCUAUGACAAAUGGUUGGUGGUUUUUAGCUGAUGAAUUUAAUUUAGCUGAUCCUAGUGUCAUGAAUAUGUUAUUUCCAUUAUUAGAAGAUAAAAAUUCUAUAACAAUACCAAGUAGUGGAAAAAUAAUUACAGCUAAACCUGGUUUUCAUUUUUUUGCUACACAAAAUGAUGCAUCUUAUGCUAAUCGACAUCAAUUACCAGUAUCUUUACGAAAUCGUUUUCUUGAAGUACAAUUUCAAGAUUUUCCAGUUGAUGAAUUACCUUAUAUUAUUUAUCAACGUACAGAACCUGAUAAACAAAAACCGAAAUGUUUGACACAAAAAACAACAAUAGAUUUAGCCAAGUUCUAUCACUGUGUAAUCAAAGAACCGUAUCGUAUUACAUUUCGCGAGCUGAUCAAAUGGUUACAUAGACAUGCACUCUUUUCAACUAACAAAGACUUAUGGCCUAUUGUUGGGUCAUCAUUAUUAUGUUCAAAAUUUGCACCAGAUUCUGAUACACGAAAGAAAUUAGUUAAAGAUUUUAAAACAAUUUGGCCUCAACAUGGUGCUUUAUCACCCAAAGAUGAUUAUCCAAUAGAAAUAAAAGAGAUACAUCGAACUCUACAAGAUAGUAACUUUGACCAAAAUAAAAAUAUUGUCAGUUUUAAAGACGGUGAUCUUAUGAUGGAUGUGAAACGAAUUAAUUUAAAUUUAAGUUUUCUUUGGAAUUCAGAAAUGAAUCUUACGCCACCAGAUUCAUUCAAACGUUCAUUAAUUCGAAUUGCAUUUGCUGUACAAGCAAAAGAACCGAUUCUAUUAGUGGGGCCGACAUCAUGUAAAACAUUAUUAGUUGAAACAUGGGCAAGAAUUAGUAAUCGUCAAGAUGAAUUAAUUAAAGUACAUUUAACACCGGAUACUGAAGCUGGUGAACUUAUUGGCGAAAUUCAUCCAUAUUCAUUUAUGGAUUUAGUUAAACGAUUACCAUUAAUGGCUGAAUAUAUCCGUUUAAGACUUGUAACUCUCUGUCGAAAUAAUGAUAAUGGUGAUCUAUCUGAAGAUAAUGCUAUGGCUCUAAAAGCAAUACAUGAAUUAGUUAAAGAUGAAUUACCAAAAGCUAUUGAAGAAUUUGAAUUACUUUAUACUAAAAAUGAAAAGCGACGACAACAAAAUGAAGAAUUUAAUAAUAAUUUAGCAGCUGUACAAUCUAACGUGUUUCCAGAUAUACCAGAAUUAAAUAAUUAUGAAAUGAAACAAGACAGUUCAACUAUAAAUACCGAUUCUAACAUAAGCAAAUCAAAAAUGAAAAAUUAUUAUACUGAAGAUAUUGAUACAGGUUUUGACGAUACGUAUUUAUCAUCUAAUUACACUCAUAACGCUAAUGAUAUGCCAUCAUACGCAAUAGAAGAGCUUGACGAUGGAUAUUAUCCAGAACAAUCGACAACAAUGGCAAGCGAACAGCAGUUUUCUGUUCUUGAUGAUGGUUUUGGUGAUGAAAUGAUGACACAACAGAAUACUGCAGUAGAUACUGUAAUAAAAGAUAAUACCAUGACAGAACUCGAUGAUGGGUAUGACGUUAUCAAUUAUUUCAACUCUACAAAUGAUAGUACCACUCUUCCUGGUCCUAUCAUAACAAGCGAUGAUGAAAUUAACGAUGGUUUCACAUAUGGUCCAACAUCUAUGUUUGUUGACGAUAUUCCAUCGUUUACAACUUCCCAACCAAUACAAGAAGAAAAUCUUAUUGAUAAUACUGAAUUUCCCGAAAGUCUUCAUGAUUAUAUGGCUCAAUUACUUGAUACAAUUAAACGUUUAUUUCGUUUGAAAAAUUUUUCUACAUUUUUAUCGGAUACAACAUAUCAAGAUUAUUUUAAUAAAUUUGAAUCAAUAUGGAAUAAAUUAAAAGAUCCUCAAUUCGAUCGAACAAAACCAAUAUUUUUAUUUCAAGAUGGUCCAGUUACUGUAGCAGCAAAACAAGGUUCAGUUUUAUUUUUGGAAGAUCUCGAUGUACCAAGUCAAGCUGUAAUUGAAAGAUUAAAUUCAAUGUUAGAACCAACACCAACAUUUGCGCUCACUGAAGAUAUUACAACAAGUAAUUCUACAAAUGAUGGAAAUAGAGGACAAUUAAAUAUACAAUUAUCUUCAAAUUUUCAAGUAUUUGCAAGUGUACAUCAAGAUCAUGAAUAUCAAUUAUUAAAAUUAAGUCCAGCAACACGUUCACGAUUUACAGAAAUACAAAUACCAAAAUAUGAACUUGAAGCUUUGAACUGGAUAGUUAAAUCCGAAUUAAAACGAAAAUCAUCAUCAAUAAGCCAUCAAACUCUUGAUUCAUUAGUUAAUAUCAUGUUUUCAAUACGUGAAACAUUAAUAAAAGAUAAAGAAUGGAAAAUUGGCAAUGAUAUACACUUAUUAUUUCGUUGGAUUGAUUUCAUAUGUAAUCAACACCAUUCAAUAUCAUUAGAAAAACGUGUAAUUUUAGGUGCUAAAUUUUAUUAUUUUGAUCAAUUACCUGUAAGUAGACAAAGUGAUAUAUAUACACAAUGGUAUGAAAAUUUAAAACCGCCUAUCUCAAUAACUAAUCCACAACAAUAUUCUGAAAUUUUUGAAAAACCAAAAGAACGUCAUGUAUCACCAUUUCCAUUUGAUGUUGAAUCUGAUUAUGUUAGUUUGAAAUAUACUGGUGUACGAUAUCAAAUGUCAAAAGAUGAUAAAUGUACAUUAGAACAAUUGAAAAAAAAUUUUUAUUGUGUACCUACACCAACAUUAUUAAAUCAAAUAGCUCGAAUAUUUGCAGCAACAUCAUCCAAAACUCCAUUAUUACUUGAAGGACCACCAGGAGUAGGUAAAACACAAGUUGUUACACAAGUAUGUCAGUUACUUAAUAAACAAUGUGAACGUAUUAAUUUAUCAGCAAAUACAUCAUUAGAUCAACUUAUUGGAUGUAUUAUUCCAAGAUGUAAUGAAAAUGGACGACGAAUAUUUGAAUGGCAAGAUGGAAAAAUAUUAAGUGCAUUGAGACUAAAAAAAUGGAUUCUUUUAGAUGAAUUAAAUUUAGCAGCACCAGAAGUAUUAGAAGGUUUAAUACCACUACUCUAUCGUGAUACUCAUACCUAUACAGUACCUAGCACUGGUGAAACGAUCGAAACUACUAAUAUUUUAAUUUUUGCCACUAUGAAUCCAACAACAAUCGGUGGUGGACGUAGUAAAUUGCCACGAUCGAUCAGUAAUUUAUUUACCACCGUACAACUAGAAGAUUAUAACAAUGAUGAAUUAAGUGCAAUAUUAGGAUCUCUAUUUGAUGAUGAUCUUGAAGAAGAAAAUAUUACAGAAGAUCAUCUUAAAACUCUAUUUAACCUUCAUACAACAUUAAAACAAAAAAUCAAUGAAGGUCAAUUAGGGCGUACAGGUGGUCCAUAUGAAAUGAAUCUUCGAGAUUUAUCGAAAUUUCGUGAUAUAUUUCGUGGAUGUAUCAAAGAUCAAAUAUUUCAUUAUCGAUUUUUUAAUACAGAUGAAACUAGUGAAGAAUCGCAAGAAACAAAUCUAACAAUAUCAACAGUAUCAAAUUCAUAG